CCCCGUCCCGCCCGCCCUGGCAGCCGCCGGGCCGGGCCAGGCCAUGGCGGCGGCCGCGCUGUGCCUCGGCCGGGCCCCGCCGCCGCGGCCGCUCGUGGUGAUCCUCGGCGCUACCGGCACCGGGAAGUCGGCGCUGGCGCUGCAGCUGGGGCUGCGCCUCGGCGGGGAGAUCGUCAGCGCCGACUCCAUGCAGGUGUACAAGGGCUUGGACAUCAUCACCAACAAGGUUUCCCUGCAGGAGCAGCGUCUGUGCAGGCACCACAUGAUCAGCUUUGUGGAUCCCCUUGUCUCCAACUACACAGUGGUAGAUUUCAGAGACAAAGCUGUGCCUCUCAUUGAAGACAUCUUUGCCCGAGACAAGAUCCCGAUUGUUGUGGGAGGAACCAACUACUACAUCGAGUCCCUGCUCUGGAAGGUCCUCAUCAACACUAAGGAGACGGCCAGCACAGCUCCGGAGACGGUCAGGGACAGGAAGGUGGAGCUGGAGCAGCUGGAUGGUGGGGAGCUCUAUCGCCGCCUGAGCAGGGUGGACCCCGAGAUGGCAGCCAAGCUGCACCCCCACGACAAGCGUAAAGUAGCCAGGAGCCUCCAAGUGUUUGAAGAGAUGGGGAUCCCCCAUAGUGAAAUCUUGCAGCAGCAGCAGGAGGAGGAAGGUGGGGGGCCCUUAGGUGGGCCCCUGAAAUACCCACAUUCCUGCAUCUUGUGGCUCCAUGCAGACCAGGCAGCUCUGGACCAGCGGCUGGAGAAGCGGGUGGAUGACAUGCUGGCUGCGGGGCUGCUGGAGGAGCUGCGCGACUUCCACCGCCGCUACAACCAACAGAAGGUGGCUGAGAACCGGCAGGAUUACCAGCACGGCAUCUUCCAGUCCAUUGGCUUCAAGGAGUUCCAUGAGUACCUCAUCAGUGAAGGGAGCUGCUCACCAGAGACCAGUGCCCUGCUGCUGCAAAAAGGGAUCCAGGCCCUGAAGCAGGUGACCAAGAGGUACGCCCGGAGGCAGAACAAAUGGGUCCGAAACCGCUUCCUGAAACGUCCUGGGCCCAAUGUACCCCCAGUGUAUGCCUUGGAGGUGUCUGAUCUCGUGCGGUGGGAAGAGAAUGUGCUGAAACCUGCUCUGGAGAUUGUGGAGAGCUUCAUCCAGGGCCAGGAGCCCCUGGCAGAGCCCGUGAAGAUGGAGCCCGAUGUAAAUGAGAACAAGCGGAGUCAGCGCGUGUGUGAGCUCUGCGACAGACUCAUCAUUGGGGACAGGGAGUGGGCAGCUCACACACGCUCCAAAUCCCACCUGCACCAUCUGAAGAGGAGAAGGAAGCUGGAGGCUGCCGGCCGUGCUGCAGAGGCUGAGGGGGACAGUGCAGGUGCAGCGACCUCGGAUGAGGACAGCAGCCAGGCUUCACCGUAGGGCUCCAACCUGCCUCUGAAGGGGAGGAGGCAACUUGGUCCUGGGUGGCCUUGGACUGAGUGA